AUGACUAUUACCCUGAGCCUCAUCUUUACUUUCACCUUGACCCUGAUCCUAACUUUCACCGGGACCCGGAACUUCUUUCAGAUGUUUGUCCUCACUCUUGACAUGACCCAUACAUGGAAUCUUACCCUGACUCUGACAGUGACCUUGAUCCUCAACCUGACCCUCACCCUGACCAUCGCCUUGACACUGAUCCUUAAAUCUACACUCACCGUCACUUGGCCCUAUAUCAGACCUUCUCUUCUCCCUCAUCCUAACACUAAUCCCUUCCCUGACCAUGACCCUCAAAGGCACAUUGGAAAGCUAGGGGGUGGGGGACAAAAAGCAUUUGGGGAGGUAGAAAAUUAUAGGUGGAAAUUAAAAAAAAAAUGGGAAGAGAGAGAAAGGAUCUCCUCAGGACCUCAGACUGGCCUCACAGAAGCUACCCUUUCCUGGACUCAUGCAACAGGUCCUGGGUGGGUUACUGCUGCCGUGCAGGUCAGGGGACCAUCAACCUUCUCGGGCUGUUCGCAGGCAUUUGCUGCCAUCGGAGAUUACAAUGAACGUAUCAGUCUGGAUGUUAACUGCUCUAAGGAGGUAGCCACUGCCAUCCAUGGGGCCAUCAUCCUGGCCAUGUUUUCUGUUGUCCCCGUGUGGCGAGGCUCCUGGGAGAACAAGACUGGCAAGCCCCACACUGUCCCAUGCAAGGUGACGGGCCGCUGUGGCUCUGUGCUAGUUCCCCUCAUCCUCAUCCCCAGAGGCCCUGGCAUUAUCUCAGCCCCUAUGCCCGAGAAGCUGAUGCUGAUGGCUGGCAUUGAAGACUGCUACACCUCAGCCAGGAGCUGCAUUGCCACGCUGGGCAACUUCACCACGGACACUUUUGGUGCCAUUCCCAAGACCUACAUCUAUCCUUCUCACCUCUGGAAAGAGACUGAGUUCACCAUCUAUCAGGAAUCCGCCAACCGUCUUGUAAAGAUCCACACCCCGGUCUCCAGGCAGGGGUAUGGCCACCACCUAGUUUUAUACAAGAAAAAUGAAGUGAAUUAG